UCCUCCCUUGAUUUAUAAUUUUUACGUGGUGACGUCCCUUGUAUUAAACUUUGUCAUUAAACACGAGAGUUUUCAUUUAAGAAGUGUAUUUGAUUAAUAAGACGACUCAACUUCCGAUUUGAUUCUGAAGAAAUUUUCGCACACACAAGCAAUAUGCCUAAAGCACCUAAAGUUCAGGUGGUGAAAUCCAAAAAAGUAGUACAUCCCAACAGCAGACAAGCUUCGUACAUCCAGAGGAGGGUGAACCAUGAUAAUCGUGUGGUGAAGUCCAAAGUUGACACAUCGAUGAAACAGGACCAGUUACAGCAAAAACUUGUCUGGUUUCAGGAACAUCUCGACCCUGAAAAGGCAUCAUACUCCAAGAGUGAGGUGGCAGAGCUUACUGUAAACUACUUGAAUCGAUUUGAAGACCAGCUUGAACAAAUAUCCAUAGUUAAUUCUAUUGGGAACAGGCAGCAGCAGCACGUUUCGAGGGAAUCAGCCAUACGAAUUACAAUGGAAAAAGAACAGCAUGAGUUUGACACCAUUGGUAUUGAAGUUCCAGAUCUUGUAAACGGAAAAGCUUUAAAUGUCUUCCGAAAUUGGACUGGGGAGGCAAAAUAUCACCCAAACAUUAAAAUGCGUAAAUCACGAAGAGCAGAUAUACACAUUCCUUUGGAAGGUGCCUGUGUCAGUACUAGUGACACAAAACCAUCACAGCAGGAUUCAGUGGACGCAGACUUGCCUGAUUAUAUUGAACAGGAAGAGAAGUAAAUUAACAUCGUGACCAAAAAAUUUGAUACAUGAUCAUAUUAAUGUUAAUAUUUAAGAAUUAUAUGUAGCCAAUGGUGUCGAUUAAACAAAUAAGCUUGCUUGACCAAAAUAAAUCUGAUGUUUGCAUUAAACUAUUAAAGCCAAAA